AUGGCGCCGCGGCCGCUGAGCCCCUUGGUGCUGGCGCUGGGUGGCGCGGCGGCCGUGCUCGGUUCGGUGCUCUUCAUCCUCUGGAAGACCUAUUUCGGCAGCGGACGGGAGCGCCGCUGGGACGGAGGCGAGGCCUGGUGGGGCGCUGAGCCUGCCGGCCUUCCACAGUGGGACGAGUGGGACCCCGAGGACGAGGAGGACGUGGAGCCAGCGCUGGAGGAGCUGGAGCAGCGCGAGGUGUUGGUGCUGGGGCUGGACGGCUCCGGGAAAAGCACAUUCCUGCGCGUGCUGGCGGGAAAGCCACCGCUGGAAGGCCACAUCCCCACCUGGGGCUUCAACUCCGUGCGACUGCCCACCAGGGACUUCGAGGUGGACCUGCUGGAGAUCGGCGGCAGCCAGAAUCUGCGCUUCUACUGGAAGGAGUUUGUGAAUGAAGUGGACGUGCUGGUGUUCAUGGUGGACUCGGCUGACCGGCUGCGGCUGCCAUGGGCCCGACAGGAGCUGCACAAGCUGCUGGACAAGGACCCUGACCUGCCUGUUGUGGUGGUGGCCAACAAGCAGGACCUGAACGAAGCCAUGAGUAUGGUGGAGCUGCAACAGGAGCUGGGCCUGCAGGCUGUCAAUAGCCAGCGGGAAGUUUUCCUCUUGGCAGCCAGCAUCGCCCCUGCAGGAACCAGCUUUGAAAAUCCUGGCACCGUGCACAUCUGGAAACUGCUCCUGGAGCUUCUCUCCUAGGCUGGCGCCCACCCGCUCACCAGCCAGCCCUGGAGACUUCAGUUCCACUCCUCCUGCUUCUUCAUCUCCAGCCUGGGCCUGGGGCACAGGCUACAUAGCAUCACUUCCCUUCUUCCCUCCUCACCCUCAAGAGCAGGGCCUGGGUGAGGUCAGGAACCACACAGAAGCCCUCCUGGUGAGCUGGCCAUGAGGCUGAAGCAGGGAGGCAGUUGAGGCCAAGGGUGGGAGAGGACAGUGUCUUGCUCAUUCGGAGCAGCAAGUGGUGAUCCCACUUUCACCAGGGAAGGCAGCCUCAUCCUCUGACCUGUACAGCGAGCUGCCCAGCAGGCUCAGUUCUCCCCACCCUGCUGGUCCCAGGGGGUGAGGACUGGUGUAGAUGUCCGAAGUACGCCCUAACCCUAGACUGAUCCCUCCUGGUGAUUUUGCACCCUCGUGUGGGCAGGUUCUGGGCCGUAAGCCAUGAGCUCAGACUCCCUGUCCUGCCUUAUCCUCCAGCCCCAGCUGGCUCGUGGCCUUGUGUAAUCCCUGCCUCUCUGGGCCAUCCGUUUUAAAGAGAGGUGAUUUAGAUGGUGGCUUUCUAACCGAGCCAUGAAGACAGGAAGCUUGAGGAGGAAUCUAGAGAUCCUGGCAAGGAGCUUCCUGAAACCCCCCUGCUUUCCCAAGGUUGAGGUCCGGCCCGCUAACCUCUUAAAUACAGAGUAAGUGGUCCUUACCCCCUAAUCAGAGAAACUGAAACCCACACCCACCCCAAUCUGGAGUCAGAAGCUGCUACUCUUACACUUAACUGUGCCAAUGCCCAUGUUUACAUAAGUCUGGGGAAGGAAGGAGCCUGCCUGUGUUCCUGGAAAGACUUGUCAGGGGCCUCCAGACUGCAUUUAAUUAUUUAUUUAUUUAUAAAAGGAACAGGCCCAAGUUUUAGGCUCUGUUUCUAGGUGCUGUUAUCUAAACCCCAGAUGACUGUCAUGGAAAAUUUGGAUCUUUGAGGAAAAUAGCUGGAAUCAUGGAUGACAGUGUGGUAAGCUACAUGAGUCAAUGCAGACAGCUUUUCCUCCCCCGACCCUUUGUGGCUGUACUUGAUGUCAUAGAAUUUCAUGAUGACCCAUAUGAACUUGAACUCCAACACUUGGCCUAAUACGUCAAAGGGACACAAACUGUAGAGGUAACGAAUGACUCUGGGAGAGGCAAUUUCAUCAUAGUUACUCUUACAAAGAAAUAAGAAUUAGCAGACCAACCAAUGGGUAGCCUUGAGUAUAUCGCACAGCCUUCCUGGACCUGCUGAUUGUGCAGCUAAGGCAAAGCUGGACAGAAUAGCUGGUGUCUUCUCCAGUACACAUUCCGUGAUUCUCCUGUUUCCAGUGAUCAGCCAGUUUAAAGACUGUCUCUGUACUGACUCUUCAGUGUAGGCAGAAGGAACCUUUUGUCUGUCAAGAGGCCACUGAACAGUCGACAGCCACAAAUGGGCCUUUUUUCUGAGGAGGUAACCGACUCAGUUUGCUUUUUAAUUGAGAAUAGAGAUUAUGUGCCUUUGUUUCAUUUGACAUUUACUCAGUGUGCUACAGUUUCAUGCUGUGGCGGGUGCAAGAAGGGUGGGCCGGGAAGGUGGCUCAGAAUAGAAUCACUUUUCUUCGAAAUUCCGAUUAACUUUCUGUCUUAAGUGAUUUGACUGAUUUUAUUUUAAAUAUUUUGGGAAUGACUUGGGUUUUAGAGUAGCCUUUGAAACCCUGCUGACACUUCAUUUUGCUGGCAGAAAGUGAGGAGACUUGACUUCUCUGUUCUGUGAACCUCGCCUUGUCCUCCAGUGUUAAUACUUGAAAGUUACCUUUGGAGCCAACAUUUUGGAGAGGGGCACCCUUUUCUAUUAAUUAAGAUCUGCCUUUGGUCUAGUGCGUAUCACUGUGUAGUACAGGUUUUAAAGUCCCCACUGUCAGGAGGUGAACUUGAAUAGAGUUACGUACUUGAGCAGGUUUCAAAGACCAGUCUCAGAGUCAACAGGUCCCAGGGGCACACAAGGCACCCCUGAGGAGCACUGCAGGCCCAGGGCGGUGGCCCUCGGUAGCUGUACAGGCCAUGUGGACGGCCUGUCGGCCUGUGGGCGUGUCUGUGGCUGAGAGCAGCACUCCUCUGGUGGCCCGUCCUCCAGGUGGGCUGCCAGACUGCUUGUGUUCCGGUUCCUACCAGGACCAGGCUGGGCACAGUCGGGGAAGGGCCUUUCCUAAGAACGCUGACUGCCUUGUGCUCUUAUGUAGUUGUUCCUGAUGUGACUUUGGCUCAAGAGCCUAGAUGGCUGCUUUGGGGAACCUGUUCAUCUCAAGUGCAGCUCCUGACUAACUGGGAUGACCACGGUCCCCCCUCCGCCCCACCGAGCUUGGGACUAGCGGCUGGGCGGCUGGGCAGCUCUCGCACUCUCAUGAAGACCAUACAGUGCCCACUUCACGCUUGGCAAGGCAGCUCAUGCAUCUGCGUGCUGGUUGAACCUAUGAAUCACACACCCUGACACUGGGGGCUUCUGCUCUUGAGGUUAUUUUAAUGAAAUCAUGGCUUCUGACCUGCUGCUGUCCUUCUCAAGAGAGGUCAGCCCGGUCCAGAGUCUGGACACAUGGAUGGUCUAGGCAAGAGGGCUCUUGAGGCUGCUGGGACCACUACCUUGGACCGGCUGCCUAUCCCAAGAAGCCUCCUCUGGCACCUCCUGGUGCUCAGAACCAUCCGUUGUAAGCUUGUGCCAACACAGUGGUACCCAGCUGUGAGGACUGGAGAGGAGGUGAAGUUAGUCCCUCCGGACCCUCGUCGGAAGUGCUGGUGAAAAAUCUCACAGCUUUAGCAUGUCUGAAUGAGACCCCUGAUUCUCCAGAAAAAUGUUUCCACUUGCCUUUGGAAAAGAUUUUGUUCUUAGGCUAGUUUAGUAGCAACUGCCAGCAUCUCAAACCAGCCGCUGAAACUUGUCUGUGGUGUCUAUCCUUGUCCUCACAGCUGCCCCAGAACUCAGACCUGCAUAGUCAGCAGUCUGCCUCUCACCCCUGCCGUCUGCUGUCACCUCCAAGUCUUCUCUAGUAACUAUUUAAAGGGAAACCUCCACUUUUCCCGGCUGCCUCCUGGAGAUGGGCCCAUAAAGGGACAAGGGGGAGAUUGCCAUCAAAGAACUGAAGUAAAGGAGCCUUGCUGUCCCAGC